UUACACUCUUUGACUGGACUUUCCUUAUGUAACACAAGGAGAAAACUAAGUUCGAAGUAAUCCAAAGUCAAUUAUAAAGAAAAUUAAAAAAUGGGAAAGCAUUUCGGCGAAUUAGCUAAAAUCAGAGGAUUGAUUACAUACAAGUUAUCACCACAUGAACAGCGCGCUUACGCUGGUGCCAUAUCCAAUGGAUUGCCAAACAUUUUCCGCAGAUUUCGUGAAAAUGUAUUCAGAGUUGCUCCACCCUUCAUUGUAGGUUACCUAGUUUACGAAGGUGUUGACCGGGAACAUCAUAGACGCACACGCAAGAACCCUGCUGAUUACGAAAAUGAUGAAUAAAUUUUGCGCUCAUUUAAAUUAUUGCUUGUAGAAUAUAAUAUUAAAGAAACCAUUACAAAUAGAAAUAUUAUGUGGUUUUGGUUAUGUAAUAAUUAAACAAUUAUAACUAA